AGCUUAUCCUCCAUGGGCUCCUCACUGGCUGCAGCAACGGGUCCCAGUCUGCGCCCACUGACAGCCAGCGGCACCUCCAGCAGCGCUGUUGUUGGCGGACUUCGUGCUCUACGCAACAAGGACGCCGUAUUCAGGGCGACAACCGCGACUUGCUCCAACUUGCCCGCUUCUCGUCGACGGGUCUUCCACAGUCAAGCUCUGCCACCGCCUAGUGAACUCUUAAACGCCCGUGGUCGACUCAGCGUCUCCGAUGCCGUGCCCCACUUCUCCCCACUGGCAGUUGGCACCUCUGCAACCGGCAUCCGCGCCAGUCGCAUGGAUACCAUUUCUAUGGAUGCGGCAACUUCGCGACGAGCUCUUACGUCGGAAGCUGGGGACAUGACCUCUCCUGUGUCUCCAUCCUCCUCGUCUCUACUUAUUGAUUCGGGUGUUAUGGCCCCAGCAACUUCCGCAGCCGCUGCUGACGCUAGUUUGCACUCCAAUAACACAGAUUCAGAUCACAGGUCUCAAACGGCGUGUGAAGAUGCGUCCAACCGCGGGACGGCUGAAAUUAACCUUUCCAGUGACCUUAGUUUUUGGGGUCCUGACCUUGUUGGCUUCCUCUGCGGGAGCGACAGCCUUGGUGACAGUGCUACGAAUGAAUGCAACCAAGGCAUGAAACCCUUGCUGGCGCCUCUGGUGAGUUCUCCUUUCCUCGUAGUUUUGUCAACACUUUAG